ACGCGACUGCUGGAAGAUUUAACUGAUAAUCGCUCCACAGAGGAAUACACCUAGCGAUAUAUUUUUGCAUCAUAAUCGGAUUAUUUGCUGUCACAGACGAUGGAAAGCAGAAUCACUAUGCUUUGUGCACUUUUUCUUGCCUGCUUUGCUUUCGUUUACGGAUCCCCAGCAUCAGUACCAGUGCACGCACUUACCAAAGCCACAUAUGUAUCCUGGACGUCUUACAAUUUCAAGACUAUUCUAACAUGGGGGCCUAAACCUGUCAACUACACAUAUACUGUUGAAUUUUAUAACAAAUCUGGUAUAAGCAGGCAGAGAAAUCCCCAUUGCAUUAGAAGCACCGAAACUGAAUGUGACCUGACCAACGAACUUGUACAUUUAAAGGAAGAUUAUACUGCGGAAGUGCUCUCAGAACCCCUGCCUGGCAUGAAUGCUGACCACGAGGAGCUUCCCUUUACCAGAUCAAAAAUAUUCUGCCCAUAUAAUGACACUUUGAUUGGAAGACCUGACUUCAAGCUGAUGAUGAGUGCAGACAAUAAGCUUAUGCUCAUCAUAUACGACCCAGUCACGGCUCUGGUCAAAAAUAACAAACCUCAAAACAUCCGUGACAUCUUUAAGAAAAGUCUCAAAUACAAGAUUACGUACAACAAAGCUGGAAGCACUGGAAAAAAAAUAGAAACGGUGAAUGAAAAUAAAGUGGAUUUGAGUAAACUGAAAUUAGAUGAAGAUCAGAGUUACUGCUUCAGUGUGGCGGCAUACAUCCCCUCUAGGAAAGGAAACAAGAGAGUUGGGGAAUGGAGCCUUCCCAAAUGCUCAUCACAAGAGAACAAGUCCAUUUUUGAAGAGUAUGGAUUGGCUGUGCUUGGCGGAGCAGCUGUUGGUAUCCUGCUUUUGGUUAUUGCUUUAAUAGUUUUGAUUGUGCUGUGCUGCAAAAGACUGCAAAGACCAGCAGCGAAGGAAAUCAUCACAGUCUACACUCUGACCUAGAGGAUUAUAACAUGACAUUGACCUCAGAAAGGGACAUGCAGCUGGACUGUAAACCCUUUUUUUUGCUGGGAUGGAUAGUUUCUGUGUAUUUUUAACACAUCUGGAGCAUUAGACUUGUUUCUGUGAAACACUACAUAUGUACAUAUCGGACUUUAAGUACCAUUUAACAUGCAACUAUUUAUUUUCGUCAUUAGCUUCUAUAUGUAUAUAAAGUUUUAUAUGUAUAGAAGAAACUAUUUAAUGUUCUGAAUAUCUAUAUUUUUAAGCAUAAAUUAUAGUUUCUGUGAGUUUACAAAUAAAUAAAUUAUUAUAUUUUU